UCCUCCAUGUGCAUCUCUACUUUUCAACCGCUUAUCAAACCAAAGCCACCAAGUUUCCAAAACCUGACUAUUCUCUACAGUCAAGUAUUGGAAACCACCACCUCCACCAAUGGCGAUCACCGCCCUCACAAACCUAUCCGCACUCUCUCUCCCCUUCCCAUCACCAAACCACCACCACAACUCUGCUCCUCCCCUGAACCGCCGUAUCAUCAGUACCAACUUCACCACUCUAUCCAUUUCCCCUCUCAGUCUCAAUCUCAAUCUCAAUUCAAUUCGAAACCGUCCCCAUCCGCCUUCUUUCAUCGUCUAUUCCGGAGGGAGUGGCGGAACCACCGGAAAUGGAAGCAACAAUGGCGGUGGAGGUGGGGGUGUGGGUGGGGGUGGGGGUGGGAGUGAGGAGGGAGAUGCUGGAGAGAGGAAUAAGGCGGAGGUGGUCCUGGCGUUAGCGGAGGUCGGGAGAUCUAUGGAUAGCCUUCCGAAAGAUUUGGCGGCGGCAAUUGAGGCCGGGAGGAUACCGGGAUCGAUAGUGUACCGGUACUUUGAGCUGGAGAAGUCGCCGGUGUUCCGGUGGUUGCUUCAAUUUGGAGGGUUUAAGGAACGGCUGCUUGCAGAUGAUCUCUUCUUGGCCAAAGUUGCCAUGGAAUGUGGUGUUGGGAUCUUUACUAAGACUGCUGCAGAGUUGGAAAGGCGUAGAGAAAACUUCACCAAGGAGCUGGAUUUUGUCUUUGCUGAUGUGGUAAUGGCCAUCAUUGCAGAUUUCAUGCUUGUCUGGCUUCCUGCUCCUACUGUUUCACUGCGACCGCCUCUUGCAAUUAGUGCUGGACCUAUUGCUAAGUUCUUCUACAGAUGUCCUGACAAUGCAUUUCAGGUUGCUUUAGCUGGUACAUCCUAUUCAUUUUUGCAGAGAAUAGGUGCCAUACUGCGUAAUGGGGCCAAGUUAUUUGCAGUUGGGACCAGUGCUUCUUUGGUUGGUACAGGUAUUACAAAUUUGUUGAUUAACGCGCGAAAGGCCAUUGAUAAAUCCUUCGCUGCUGAAGCCGAGGAUGUGCCCUUAUUGUCAACCAGUGUUGCCUACGGUGUCUAUAUGGCGGUUUCUAGCAACCUUAGAUACCAAGUACUGGCGGGAGUUAUCGAACAACGAAUAUUAGAACCAUUGCUGCACCAACACAAGAUCGUACUGAGUGCAAUAUGCUUUGCUGUUCGAACUGGGAACACGUUCCUAGGCUCAUUGAUGUGGGUGGAUUAUGCCCGUUGGGUAGGAGUCCAAAAGAUCCGCGAUUGAAAACACAGUCGACAAGUAUGUUGUUGAUGUUGUUUCUAUAGACAAGUACAAAUGUUGAUAUGUUUUUUCUCUGAAUUGAAUGUAAAUGAUUUGUAAA